GAGGGCAGCAGCGGAGCAUCUCGGGGACGCAUGCGCCCCAAUUUGCGCCCGGGGAAUUAAAGAGCUAGAGGGAGAGAGAGAGAAAAAAACACCAAAUACGCGCGCCAAACAAAACCCAAGUGGAGGAAAGCGCGCGGCCCUACAACCCCGGGGCCGUGGAGGCGCCUCCGGCCUCACCCGCGUUCCCGGCCGCGGCGUGAUGCGCACGGACCGGUCCGCGACGCCCGGGCCGCCACUGUCCCCGCACCUGGACGCCGGCCCGGUGGCCGCGCCGCAGCCACGCUCUCUCGCCACCGCGGCUUCUUCGGAGUCGCUUGGCGCCGGCGGGGCACCUCCUUCUCCAUGGGGCUGAGCGACUGGCUGAGGACCGUGUGCUGCUGCUGUCCGUGCAGGUGCCUGGAGGAGCCCGCCGUGCCGGAGAAGGAGCCCCUGGUCAGUGAUAGCAAUCCGUAUUCUUCGUUUGGAGCCACUCUGGCGAGGGAUGAUGAGAAGAACCUGUGGAGCAUGCCUCACGAUGUGUCCCACACAGAGGCAGAUGACGACAGGAUCCUGUACAACUUGAUCGUCAUUCGUAAUCAACAGGCCAAAGAUUCAGAGGAGUGGCAAAAACUCAACUAUGAUAUCUACUCCCUGCGACAGAUUCGAAGGGAAGUGAGAAAUAGAUGGAAAGGUAUUUUGGAAGAUUUAGGUUUUCAAAAGGAAGCAGACUCUUUGUUGUCAGUGACAAAACUCAGCACCAUAAGUGACACUAAAAACACAAGGAAAGCUCGGGAGAUGUUGUUGAGACUGGCUGAAGAGACCAGUAUUUUCCCAACUGGUUGGGAGCUCUCGGAGAGAUACCUCUUUGUUGUGGACCGUCUCAUUGCACUCGAUGCUGCAGAAGAGUUCUUUAAAAUUGCUAGUCGAACUUACCCCAAGAAGCCUGGGGUCCCGUGCCUGGCAGAUGGCCAGAAACAACUGCACUACCUUCCAUUUCCAAGUCCCUAAAGGAGAGGCUAUGAGGCAGAGUUGGAAUUCUCCCAAUGGACCUCAACAGCCAACCAAAGUUGGAAAAAUGUUACAAGAGAAUGAGCCAGAAGAAUGAGCUAGCUAAGAGAAAAAGGAUCCUGAACCUAACAGAAAUCUGAGGGUUUGGAUAUCUGGUCAUCAUAAGGACUUGAUUCCCUGAAAUGUUCAAGUUGUAUUGAAGCACCCAGUGACCUGGCAUCAGAAAGUUGGACAGUGGGGUAUUUCACGAUGAGUGAUUAGGUUCCAAGAACCCAUGGCUCCCAUUUUGGUUAUGCAACACACUCUAACCAUUCAUCCUAUUGGGAGAAUGGGAUGUUCUAGUUAAUAAAACAAUAAAAUUAAUAGUGCUAUCAUUGAACCCAAAUAUGGGGUACCAAUUUUUAAAUAAUUGUUAUAACCAAAUAAUAACACCAAAAAUAAUACCAGACAUUACAUGACUUUUCCUUGAUUUGGAAGCACCUACAGAAACUUGGAGGUGUUUGAGGCAUCAUUUUGAGAUGAUUCAAAAGUUCAGAAGUACCAAAUAACAGAAAUAUCUAGGAGUGCUGCUCAAAAGUGAGUCCCAAAUUAGAAUGAUCCUGAGCAGAACUUCCUGCAGCUACUUGUAAAAAGUUGUCUUCAGUUGUAGGAUAAGCCUCUUAAAUUUGCAACAUCGUUGCUAUCUGGUUACCUCAUUUUUUGCAUAUGGGCCAGCCAGAUUUAGUCCACUAGCCCUUGAUACUUUGUCUGGGAUAGCAACUAUUUGACCUUCAUUGUCUUGUCUUUAAUCUAUUUCCAGCUUAUUGGCUGACAGUGGCACCUGCUCAGGGACCUCUACCGUAGAUUUGCAGCUCUGCAGGGCAGGGCUGCCUUGAAGAAGGUCAUCGCUGGACUUUCUUCCCUUCUGCAGAUGAUUUUCAAAAUGGAGCAAUUCUGUCAAUACAGCUUACUUCUAUCCACUGAUCAAGCAGUCCAACUUCAAAAGUUAAUGGCUGGAGUUCCCUUGUGGUACGGUGGGUUAAGGAUCCGGCAUUGUCAUUGUGGUGGUUUGAGUUGCUGCUUUGACUCGGGUUCGACCCCUAAUUGCUACUUAAGCAAGAAGCUUGCUGUGAAAUCAUGGUUCAUUUUAUUGAAAAGACUCUCAGAGCUUGUAGGAUGUAGCGAUAUAUUGGUGACAACAACGGCAAUAUUUUUACUUUUACAGAUUUUGCUCUUCUGACUUCAAGUUUAAAAAGUAACCUGUAUUUGCUGUGUAGGGAGUUAUGCCUUGGAAAUUUCCCUAUGCCGACCAGCUUUUUUGGUAGUGAACACAAUGUUUCAAACACUCUGUUAGAGGAAGUACAUGUUCUCCGCUGCAGACCAGUUUUAACUGUCAUGUUUCAGGAAAAUUCUUCCUAGCGAAUAAACUAAAAGUUUUAUUUUUUAAAAUAAAAAAUACAUUUUUAUUUUGUUUUAUUUAGUGCUUAAUACCUCUCUAACAUUGUUUAAAACUAGCCUUCAGGUAUUUUCCCUCUCUUCUGUAGGAUCUUGCAAAAUAAACAUACAAACACUGAGACAAACAAAGACA